AUGGAUAAGGAAAAUUUUCGAUUUUACAUUAAAGUGCGCACUGCACUUAAUAUUCAACCAACAAUUAUUCAUGAUGAAUUAUGUACUGUUUUCGGCGACGAAGCUCCUUCUUUUAGAACUGUUGCGAAAUGGUCUAAAUAUUUUCGUGAAGGUCGAGAAGAGAUUAAAGACGAAACACGAUCUGGAAGACCUAUUACUACGACCACAUCUGAAAAUAUUGAAGAAGUCCAAAGCCUUGUCCAAAGCAUUAUCGAUGAUAAUCCGUAUAUUACAAUAGAAGAACUGCAAGAACAAAUCGACCUCAGUCAUGGCACUAUUCAACGAAUAAUCUCUGAUCAUCUGGACCUUAGAAAAAUUACCGCUCGUUAUGUAUCCAAGCAGCUGACUGAUUUUCAACGAGCUGAACGAGUUCGAAUAUGCCAAGAGAACUUGGCAAAAUUCGAAUCAGAUGCAUGGCGGCUAUGUGAUGUGGUAACGGGUGAUGAGUCCUGGUUCCAUCACAAACAAAUUGGCCGAAAAUCAUCAAAUUCUGCGUGGGUUGCGAGAGGUGAUCCUCCACCUACAGUAGUUCGACAAAGUAUUUUUUCUCCGAAAACAUUAUUUAGCAUCUAUUUUAAAUCUACUGGUCCUGUUUUGAUUUAUUAUGUGGAACGGGGGCAAACUAUCGACCAUCAAUAUUACAUUGAUUAUUGUUUAAAACCACUCAUUAACAACACCAGGAAGCAAAGACCUUCAUGUGGUGUUCAAGGUAUCAAACUUCAUCAUGAUAACGGGCGACCACAUGCUCAUAAGGAUGUGUCGAAUUACCUCGAGUCUGAAGGUAUUACAAUAAUUCCACAUCCGCCUAAUUCUCCUGAUUUAUCACCAUGUGAUUUUUGGUUAUUCGACUUAAUCAAACAGAAUCUAACCGAUCAAAACAACUCAGAAUCGUUGUGUCGUGCUGUGUCCAACUUCAUGAACUCUUUAGAUAAAGAAGAAUAUAGAAAAACAUCUGAUGACAUAAAAACUUGA